AUGCAUUCAAACGCCCCAGUCCUUGUUCGGAGCAAUGGAAGCAGCACUACAACACUUGCAGGCUGCGCAUCUAGCAACCAUUCCAGAGACACCUCUAUCAAUGAUAUCCUCUCUAAAACUAAAGCUAUAUCGGAGGCUCCUCAGAAGGCUCCCGAUGGAGGCCUGGCAGCAUGGACCCAGGUCGCGAUGGCCCAUCUUGUCAUGUUCAACACUUGGGGAUUCGCAAACUCUUUCGGUAUAUUUCAAGCUUAUUAUGCGGGAACCCUUGGUCGGCCUCGGGCAGACAUUGCAUGGAUAGGCUCUAUCCAGGUCUUUCUCAUAUUCCUAGUGGGAACGUUUUCCGGACGAGCUAUCGACGCUGGCUACUGCCGAACCCUUCUUAUCUCUGGGCUGUUUCUACAGCUACUGGGGGUCUUUAUGACUUCUGUUACUCAAAGUUAUUGGCAGAUAUUUCUCGCACAGGGGGUAUGUCAGGGGUUAGGAAACGGUUUACUAUACUGCCCAACUAUAUCACUAGUCUCAACAUACUUUGCGAAAAGACGGGCUAUGGCUAUGGCUAUUACCUCUGGCGGCGGUGCCACUGGUGGCAUAGUAUUCCCUCUCGUUGCGCAGCAGCUUCUCCCUAAACUCGGCUUUUCAUGGACGGUCAGGGUCAUGGGAUUCAUCAUGCUGGCAAACGCCUCCAUCGUCAUAUGCCUCAUGCGUGGGAGGCUUGCUCCAAGGAAGAGCGGUCCAAUUGUUGAGUGGUUUGCUUUCCGAGAGUUGCCCUACGUGCUCUUCUGCAUUGGAAGCUUUCUUAACUUAUGGGCUGUCUACUUUGCUUACUCCUAUAUCAGCACGUUUAGCCACGAUAUCAUCGGGGUUUCCUCCUCCACUUCCUUGACUAUUCUACUGAUCACGAAUGCCGUUGGUAUACCAGGCCGUGCAAUCCCUGCCUUCAUUGCUGACCAGUAUACCGGACCCCUGAGCAUGUACAUUCCCAUGUCGCUGGCAGCAGGUAUAGCCUUUUACGCAUGGGCAGCGGUACGUGACUUGCCAGGCCUUCUGGUGUUCUCCGUAAUGUACGGAUUGUUUGGUGCUGCGGCUCAGGGCCUCUUUCCUGCCUCUUGCUCCUCUUUGACAGUCGACCUUAGCAAGAUGGGAACCCGUACAGGCAUGGUCUUCACGAUCGUUUCCUUUGCGACCCUUACCGGGCCUCCUCUAGCAGGUGUUCUGAUAGAGAUGAGGGAUGGAGAUUACCUAUAUGCCCAAAUCUUUGGCGGUACGGCUUUUGUUUUGGGAUCUAUGAUACUACUCGGAGCAAGGUUUGCACAUACCCGGUCUAGCUGGAAGUGUCGAGUAUAG